AUGCACAAGGGCCCUUCGUUAGUAGGGGCAGGAGGAGGCGCCGGCCAGGGUCUGGGGUGGACGCGCUGGCCCCGUCCUGGGCAGCAGGAGGACCCCGCAAUGCCGGCACGCCCUCGCCACGCCUGGAGUGGAGCCCACGCGGCCCAGGCAGCCGAGGAGACACAGUCUCCACCCCAGGGACCCCCCUCUGGGGCCUGCAGGCACCGCCAGUCCCCGGAGGGCUGGUCUGCUGCUGGGCGUGCUCCUGCCUCGGCCAGCGAGUUCGCAGAGCACAGACUCAGACGCCAACCCCGCCUCCCCUCGGAGCUCCCGGGCUUGGGGCAGGGGUGUUGGGGGGUCCAUCACAGCAGAGGAAAUGGAAGGAACCAUCCAGACGAACAGCUGGAGGUGCGGUCAGGUCGCCUUGACCUUGUCGUCCCAGGAUCUCCGAGACCACGUCACGGCCACCAUCAGCGGAGCCCAGCCCGGCCCUGGGAGCUGGGUGCAGGAGGGUGA